GGUCAUAAACUCGCACAUUCUCGCUUCUCUUGCGGCUGUGCGGACUCCGGGCGACACCAAAUUUGCAACGAAAUUAUUUCAAGUUCUUCUCGACCCUGCUACUGCAAAUCUAAUCCGCUAAUUUCAGGUUUUAUUUUCACUGGGGAAUAUUGCUAGAUUGCGUUUUUUUCUUCUUCAACUUCAACUGCCUCUUUAUGCAGGCUACGUUUUGUCCUCACCAGUAGCAACUAUUUUUGUUGAAUGGUUACAUUUUGUUCUGUUCGUGUCAAGACGUGUAAACACCAAGAACUAUAAACAACGCCAAGCCAUGUCCGCCAAGCCGAGCAAAAGCUGUCCCAUUCCAACACGUGUCCUGCACCUGAAAGACUGGUCUCAGCUACCUGACUGCUACAGCCAGACGCCCGGCGGAACGCUCUUUUCCACCACGCCUGGAGGGACCCGGAUCAUCUACGACAGGAAGUUCCUGCUGGAGUGCCGGAACUCGCCCAUCGCUCGCACCCCGCCCUGCUGCCUCCCUCAGAUCCCCGGGGUCACCGUUCCCGCCCUGCACCCCCUGGGAAAGCUGGAGGAGCAGGAGGAGAACGACAAGGACCUGACCGCUGACGACAGCCAGUUCGAGAUGGACAUCUGAGCGACGUCAUGGCGACCGCUCAUCUGCUCGGAGGAUCCUGCGGUCUUCUCUCCAGAUCCUAGGAUGACAUCAUCAUCUCAGCUUGAUUUCCUUUCAUUAUGUAAAGAUACUUUUUUUUGAUUUCUUCAGGAAACAAAUGUCAAAAAAAAAAAAAGUGGAGGGUGGCAUUGGUCCCCUGGGGUGGAAGGCAGCAGUUCAGUUUAUGUUGUGAAGUUGGGGGGCGGGGGGUGGGAGCCCCAGGCUCUGUCCUGGUAUUGGGGGGGGUUGGGGGGUGUCUGGAGAAGAUUGAGGAUGACAGCACUGCGUUGAUGCAGUGUACUUUUUCUUUCUUUUUUUCUUUUGUACAUAUGGUACUUUGUAUUGUUUAAUGUUAAUGAAUGCAUAAUGUAUGUUUAUGCAGGCUGAGGAUUUUUUUUAUUGUUAUUUUUUUUAAAAGGUAGCCUUAUGUAUGUAGGCUUGCUGCCAUGUGACCUAAGGUUGUGGGUGGGUAGGUUUGGGACAACACGUGUGUCCUGAGCAGUAUAUGUGUGAGGGCUGCAGCCUGUACACACAAACACUGCUGCACCAGUCAGCAUAGCUGUCUGAAAUGUGUAAAAUAAAAAAAAUUAAAAAUGAAAAAAUACAAAUACA